AUGCCCACAUCCUUUACGCCUUCCAUUAUGUCCCUUGGGGCGAUGAAAUAUAUGUUUCAUCAUGUCUUUCUCCCUCCCAAGCUUCCACAAGAGGAUGACUAUAAUCCCGAAUACGAGCUUGCGCUUCUUGACAGCGUGAUCCAAGCCCUGAAAAUGUUUAAAACCUAUGCAAGCGAGCAGCAAGAUGGAAUUCUGGCUUCUGUCAUUGAGAUGGUUGCUCGUUUGAAACGCCAAGCUGGAUUUCACGGAGAUGUGAACGAAAGUAAAUUGUUGCAAAAUCUGCAGAAUUUAAAUCAUCACGAUUUACCAAGCGAUAUUCUGAUCGACUCUAAAGAGGGCUUCCUUCCCAUCUAUGUUCACAGUCAAAAUGCUGCGGUUCUAUUGACUGCAGGAAAGAGUGAGAUCCAGAUGGAGGCAUUCGAGUUAUCGCCUAGUAAUAAAUCUGUGUAUAGCACUGUGGGCCGGCUACAGCGUCAGUUCCCCGGCCCAGCAUUUGCCAUGGAUCGGAACACUUUUGAGGAGUCGACCCUCCAACAUACCAUUGCGCAGACUCUCUCCAGGAUGAGCUGCCAGUCCGUUGCUGGGACCACGCCAAAGGUGAGAAAAGCUGGCCAGUUACACGAAGAGACUAGGGAUACAACCAAGCCAAGCAUGGUGACUGAACUCUUCGUCACCUUCUUACGACCUCAAUGUCAUGUCCUGGAGAAUAUACAAAUACAGAAGAAUACCCGCGAAGAAGUGCUAUGGUCUAAAACCAGAAUGCCCUGGCGGCGCUCUUCUUUUUGGCUUCUGAUUCGAGUGCUUCUUCAACUAAUCCUCCAAAGACUUUGUGUAGACGAAGGAUUGACGACAGAACUUUACAAGCAUUUCAUGGUGUUCUACAUGAGCAUGAUUCUCCAAAGUUCCAGUGAGAAGAUAGAAACCGAAGAAAAGUACAUCAUGACAGCUAAAAUCACUCGCCGAUUGCGGAAACUUGAUCUGGCUAUUGCUCCCGCUUGGUUCUGCAUCGUUGAAGAUGCUCUUGGACAAGCCAACAGCAGCAUCCAACAGGCUUGGGAUGUAGUUGUGUCACAAACCAGACUGAAAGUCGGGUCAUAUCGCUUGGAGAAUUUGAAAUCCAAAGAAGACAUCUAUUGUUCGCUGCCAGGUCUAGAUGAAUGGCUUGAAAGCAUUCACCGACGUCAAAGCAUUUCAGCGUCCACAGACUUUCAGCCGCAGCCAAAACUGCGACAAUAUCAGCCAACGGAGCUUCCCUCUUGUCUAGACUUUGACGAUCCAGAGUAUGGCCUCUUUAACCUCGCCGCUGUAGAGAGCUGGGUCGAGUCCCAUCUUGAGAGCUGGCUGGGGAUUCAUUUGGCCCACGGAAGGACCUGCCAGCAGCUGAGAAACCUGAUCGAUCAUUACCAUAACGUUGCCCUGCCAGUAUAUUCCACCAACCCAGAAGCCAUUUCAACUAUGCUUCUCACAAUCUUGGAGCUGUGGAUCGCUUGUGACAAGUCCGCAAUUCACCUCCACCCAAUGCUCCGUGAAUAUGAUUGUAGCAUUCCGAUGACCAUCUAUUCGUCGCUCGUGUUACCCUAUCGAUCUCAGAUGAUACGAUUGGAGCAUGCAGAGGAAUAUAUGGAACAGCGGCGAUCUCGCGUACUGUAUCGUGGCCCAGGCAUCUUCAAAGAUUUCGGUACUUCCACCUGUUUCCCGGUACGGUAUUUCGAUAAAUCUGCAGACCAUCAGAGCUUAUUGGUAGAGAUCGAAGAGCAAGCUGUGCGCGCGAGAGAAGCUAAGCGGACAGAGCUUGAGCUGAAGCAAGAAAAUUAUCGAAAUUUGUAUGCUCUGGUCAAUGAAAUGGAGUGCACAUAUAUCGACACUAUAGUGGAUUUUCGUUUUGAUAUUCAUGAAUCCCGCCAUAGCCCAUCGUGCAGACGUUGUUUGUAUGAAGAGCAAGCACAAUCAAUCAGCAUCGAGGUUCACGAAUGGCCCUUGUCAGAUAAUCACCUACAGGCGAAGUCAACUGUUUUCGAAUUGAUGAGACCACAGCCAUUUGCCUGGUGGCGUGAAGCUACGCUGUGUUUUCUCAGCAUUCUGCACGUCGAGUACUCUGUCUAUGAUCGACCACGAGCUGAUUAUCGGCCUCAAUCAUACCGUGGACUAUCGUACUUUUAUACACAUAUCGAAGAUGCUGAGAGAAUCCACCUUCUUUCGCAAGUCAAACCCAAUCUUGGGACACACAGGAAAGACAAGCAGAUUAUUCAUGUGACCAACGAAGAUGUGUGCGUUAAGAAUGGGAUGUAUUUCAAGUACCAUGACGAUUCCGCUCACUGCUUUGUGGCGGACUUGGACAUUGGAAAUGAAACAACUGCAACGUUGUGCACCUAUCAGCUGCCCGAAGGAAGUUCUUCGCUACAGAAGUUUCUAUCUCGACCAGCAGCUAGCAGUGAUGGACCGCCCCCUAAUACGGUCAUUGCCUCUCUGGAUGCGUGCCCAGAGGCUAUGACGCUUGCAGAAUAUAGAGCGCUCUGCGCAAUGCCACUUGGUAUUCACAUACAGUGGCAAAACAUCCUCCGGCAGUUAGCCAUGCCAAGUGUCGUAUGGAAAAAGACCGAAACAUGCGUUUUUCUCUUACAAGUAAUUAAUCAGGCUGGCCCGACUGGGGACUCUUUUCUAAGAACAGGACAUGUGAUUCUCAAAGACGACCGAUUUGCGGUGGCACUGUUAACUGAGAUCAGAAAGUCGGCGGAACGGAUACAAGAGAACUGGGAGUCAGCUCAGGAGCUGUGGGCGCUGAUUCUGAUUACCCAGAGAGUGCUUUCCCUUGCAGAUUCCGCUGAAAUACACAAUCUAUGCUUUGAUCAUCUAUCAUACCUACGUGAUGUUGCAUUCGGCUGGGUUGGCAUUGUCAGGGACAAGGCAAACAGCACAGUUGAAGGCAACCAUCGUACCUAUUUGAUGGCACACAGUGCUCACAUAGCCCUAAUAUGUGUAAGCACCUUUGAUACCGAGGGAGCACAUCUUUCUCGAGCUUUGUGGGAGCCAUCGGCUGUGACAAUUUUCUUCCAAUGCUGUAUGAUGAUUCACGACAGGAAAGGUAUUCUGGACAUGCAAGCCAAUACCCUGCUCCCAAUCCUUUUAUUUCGAUGGAAGUCUUUGUCUUAUCGUUACUACCGCGUCAUAGCCAAGAGUAGCAUUCGCUUUCAUGAACAAUCCGCGGGUCUCGAUGAGGCUAUUGCGCGCACAUGGGCCGCAUACCGCAAGGGCUCUCCUUGGUCCGUUAUAUCAAGAGAGAAUGACUACUGGUUAGUCACUCGGAUGGCUCGCGAAUCCUCACAGACUAGCGGCUUAUGCGUCCAUUACAACAUUCUGACAGGGGAACUCCUCAUUGAUGGCCGCCCUCUUGCUUCUCUGCCUUCUAAGUACGAACGCCACCAUACGUAUCAAACAUUGUUUGGCCGGUCAUUAGUUGAGGUGAUGCCCAGCAACCUUCCCGGGAUGCAGUUCUCCGGACAGCGGAGACACAUGGGCUAUACUAUACAUUUUCGAAAGCAAGCAGUUGCCGGAUCGAGAGUAUUCGACCUCUGCGUUCGUGCGGUGAAUGAAGGCGAGACCUGGGAGUUCAUUCCGUCAAGAUUAUUCACAGGCUGGUUCCCUGACGCCUUCGUGGAGGAUUACGCCCACUGGUAUAACGUGGAACAGGGAUACGUGGAAUUUCGACCCAUCAAACAGCCGUGGCUAACAUCAGAUGGCAAUUGGAAACUUCAAAAAGAUGAUGCACAGCGCGGGUGGUGUGUUGUGAAAGGCAGCAACAGUUUGGUUUGCUUGCAAAGCGAGACGGCGAAACGGAUAUCUGAAAUCCUAAGCCCCGUGGAAAAUGCCUCCAAAUUGCAAUGCAUACUUGUAAACUGCUCCAUCGUGGAGAUUGAGAUACCCCGUCUGAGAACCAGUUUUACUCUUCAGGUGGGAAACUCUUCCAUCCGAUCUCGCCAAUACCCUGGCAUGGUGAUCGCUGAGGACCAAUCGCUUGGAACACUCGUUGGUCUAUACAACAGGCUAAUUCUGAAGAAUGAAAUCACUGGCGAUCGCAUUGUACUUAUCCCUGAAGGCCAUGUGACAUGGAAACGUGUGGCAGACCACAUUGCAGUCGACAUCAAGUGGCAGCCAGUCAGCUGUCUCCAUUCAUACUCAGUAGAUAGUCAACUAGGCCGUCUGGUCGACAAUGGGAGCCUACAGAGCAAGCUCCUGCUGUGCUAUUUACAUGCUGUCACUUCCUUCUGUAUUCCAGACCCUCUUACUGGAAAGACGGGGACUGAACAGUCGUUAUCUAUUCUUCGAUCCGCGUCCUUGCGUUCUUUCACACAAUUGCAGCUGGACAACAUCACGAUUCUGGCAAGACUAGCUGAACUCACUCCGCAAAGGCAGUACUAUCCCGCUAAUGAGAAAUCGAUGCAGAACAUUGAAUGGCAGAAAAAUCUUAGUUGCUUGUCGCAUCAUGAGGACUUUCGCAAGGAGGUGGUGGAAAUAUUCGACCAGGACCGUCGGAUGAGACUUUUCUAUCCCAACAUCCGGAUAGAUUUGCCUGCAUUGCCAAAGUCAGAUCCCGAUUUGCUGCAACGAGCUCGAAUGCGUUCAUCGACCUUUAGAGUCUCGGAUUUUGGAGCCGAAGACCACACAACCAUGUACGAUCACUUCUAUUCUGGUCGUGACAGAGAUUACCAGUCCGAUAAGUGCAGUCGCAUCUAUACUCUUUGUGAAAGUCUUUCUCAGAACUUUGGGUUCCUUGGAGGGAUGGGAUCUGAAACUGUGCUCUCUCAUCUUUGGAAUCUUCUUGCAAAGUAUGACAGUAUAAACGGCCCUGAAGUUCGGAUGGAUUCGGCCAAUAUCCGAUACGAUGCCAGCUACAUAUUGGAUCCAAUCAAGUUCAUUGCUACAAACUGGUGUGGUAUUCAUCGCUUAUUCUGCGCUGACCUCUCUCGCCCGAAUAAGUACCAAGUCAUGAUCUGGCUUUCAACCCUAGCGUUUUCGAAGAAGUCAGACAUGGUGAGUCUAAGAGUCCUUGCAGCGAUGUAUACUAUCAUUGAUAUGGGGGUCUUAUGGCCGCCUCGCAAACCAAGAUUCCAGCCCAAAAGAGGAUUUGAAUUAGACGAGCAGCGACUCCGAUCUGAUAUCAACAACGCCAUUCAAUACACGACCCCAGAAUCCAACUUGUCUCAACCACGAUGGGAAAGUUACUCGGCAUUUCAGAAGCGAAUAAAGAAAUGUAGAGAGGAGAACCGAAGACAAGCAUUGGAUGGUUUUAUGCGAGACUUGCGUCUUCAGUGGCCAACCGCUUCCCCAACCGUUCCUCGAGCCGGGGGCAAUCCCACUUUUGCUGACUACUUUGAUAUCAACAAAGCCAUGCACCAGGUGAAUGAGAGGUUUUCCGUGUGGUUCGACAACAGACAGCUGAGGCACUAUCUUAUGGACAUUGUGACUACCAUUAUUGUUGAACCAGUCAAAUCUAGAGCCAUGCCACCACUUUCUUUCCAACCCGCUGUGAACCCUGCCUCUUCACGCCGUAGAUCAGUUUCGGUCGACGAUAUUCUCAGCGAUGACCUUGGUCCACUUCCUGUUGUCGAGUUGGAUCCGCCUUGCUUAGAUAACAUUUUACGCACCUCUUCUACUUCUGAUCCGCAAGUGCCGAGUUUGGUGUCAAUACUCAGUGCUUUCGAGUCGCAGCCCAGAUCGAAAUAUGAAUCGCAAUACCUUGAAAGGCUGCAAGCAAGCAUCAAGUCUCUACAAAGACGACAAAAGUAUGAAAUAGCAUUGUCGACUGAUAUCGACCUGAGAGGUGUUAUUCAAGCUUACGAAAAACGGUGUAGGGAUCACCUACAAGGGACCUACAAGGCAAUUCAUUCACGACUGUCGAUCUCAUUCGCAGCGGCAAACAUGACGAAUGCACCUACGAAAACUUCCCUCAGAGUUUGGCAAACUUUGUCAAAGGGGCAUACAUGGCCGAGACUAUCCCCGGACCUUCUGCUCCAGCAAUUAACGCGGAAAAGGUGGCCACGGAUACCUGAGAAAUGGAAACGAUGCUUUCUCGCUUACGGACGUUCAAUCACAGUACUGCAGCGCGCAAAGCGCUUGUUGAGUCUGGUAGACCGUCCUGAGGAUCUUAUUCAGGAGCUCCAGAACCAGGGCCAUUCCAACUGGGAUCCAUACGAUUACCCAGAGUCACUGCUGCUGGAAAUUGAGAAUGGAAUCUUGAUUCGAGACGUCCAGGAAGAGAUAGCGCGAAAGAUGAGAACGCUGCAACCGGGCUCUAAUGUAGUCAUGCAGCUAAACAUGGGUGAAGGCAAAUCCUCGGUCAUCGUGCCCAUUGUUGCAGCUGCGCUGGCCGACGGAUCUCGUUUAGUCCGCGUCCUUGUCGCUAAGCCACAAUCACGUCAGAUGCUUCACAUGCUAGUCUCAAAGCUUGGAGGCCUUCUGGGGAGGCGGAUCUACCAACUGCCUGUGUCGCGGUCACUCCAAAUAGGCGUGUCGGAGGCGGAUGAGAUUGAGCGUAUGUGUCGGGAUUGCAUGAAGGACGGGGGAAUUCUCCUAGUUCAGCCGGAACAGGUACUAUCUUUUAGGCUUAUGUGCCUCGAGUCCUUCAUCAGCGGUCAGGUUGAGGUCGGCAAAUCCAUUUUUCGAACGCUUCGAUUGUUCCGCGAUUCAUCGCGCGAUGUAGUGGAUGAGAGCGAUGAGAAUUUUAGCGUCAAAUUUGAGCUAAUCUAUACAAUGGGUGCUCAACAGCCCUUAGAGUUCAGCCCAGAGAGAUGGAUCGUUGUUCAACAGGUAUUGGACCUGGUAAGGAAGUAUGCUCUAGAUGUGAAAGAGAAAUUCACGCACUCCAUCGAAGUGUAUCAACACCGGCCAGGGAGAUUCCCUCGAAUACGAUUGCUCCGCGAUCAUGCGAGUGAAGAACUCCUCCAGCGGGUUGCCCAACACAUCUGUGAGAAUGGUAUCGACUCUCUAGCGAUCUCACGGCAGACCGAGAAGUCGAGGGCAGCCAUCCUAACAUAUAUCCUUAGCCCAGAGUUGUCGGCACAAGAAAUUGACGCGGUUGAAGACGAAGGCCCAUCCAGCUUUUGGACUGAAAGCACAAAAGACGCACUGCUUCUUUUGAGAGGCCUUCUUGCUGGGGGUGUUCUGGCUUUCUGCUUUGGGCAGAAGCGCUGGAGGGUCAACUACGGUCCUGACCGUAAAAGAAACCCCCCAAGCAGGCUUUCGGUUCCAUACCGUGCGAAGGACAACCCGACUCCACGCUCAGAAUUCAGUCACCCUGAAGUCGUCAUCGUUCUCACUUGUCUUAACUAUUACUACGGGGGCCUGGAUGAUGAUGAGGUACUCCUCGCGUUCAACCAUCUAGUCAAAUCAGAUCAAGGGCAAGUUGAAUUUCAGACCUGGGUCAAUGAUGUGCCAGAGCUCCCACAAGUAUAUCGUCAACUAGGCGGUAUCAAUCUCCAGGAUCGAUUUCACUGUGUGGCUCAUGUUUUUCCUCACUUCAAGUUUUCCAAAGGCGCCAUUGAUUACUUUCUAAGUCAUAUUGUGUUUCCCAAAGAGAUCAAAGAAUUUCCAAGCAAAUUGUCUGCGUCUGGUUGGGAUAUCGGCGAACUCAAGCCGAAUCCAACGGUUGGUUUCAGUGGCACGAACGACUCCCGCGAGACUCUUCCUCUGAGUGUAACGCAACUGGAUCUUCCAGAGCAAAACCAUACAAAUGCGUUGGUUCUCGAGUACCUGCUACGCCCUGAGAACUCGGUCACAUUCACCCCCACGAGGGCCAACAUGUCCAGAUCGGAUGCGCAAGUGCUGCUGGACAUGGUCGUGACCCUUGAUCCGCCAACACAAGUUAUCCUCGAUGUGGGCGCCCAAAUCUUAGAACUCACCAACCUGGAGGUUGCUCAGGCCUGGCUGGGAAUGACAUCGGAAGACAGGAAAAUGCAGGCCGUCGUUUUCGUCAACGAGCUCGAUGUCAUCUGCGUAGUUGAUCGCUCUGGAGUUAUUGAGCCACUUCAGAUAUCACCAUUCGCACAGCAGCUUGAUGCAUGCUACGUCUUUCUGGACGAAGCCCACACCAGGGGGAUUGAUUUGAGGUUGCCGCCAACCUAUCGGGCAGCAGUAACUCUGGGGGCUGGUAUGACAAAAGAUAAGUUAGUACAGGCAUGCAUGAGGAUGCGAAAGUUGGGCAAGGGACAAUCCGUUGUUUUCUGUAUUUCAGAAGAAAUUAGCACCAAGAUUUCCGCUUUGACUGGAACAUCGGCCGGAUGCAUUGGAGUACCAGACGUACUACGCUGGGCCCUUACAGAAACAUGGGUUGACACCUAUCGCAGCAUACCCCUUUGGGCGGUUCAGGGAGAGCGUUUUGAGUGGCAGGCCGCGCUAUGGGAUAUGUAUAAUGAUCAACCAGAGAUACCAGCCAAACAGGCAAAAGCUUUUCUCGAAGAAGAGUCUCAAACCCUUGAACAACGAUACCGGCCACGCCGCUCGUCCGACUUCAGGGUUGGGACCAUAUCUUCCGGGACAGGAAAUCUACAGCUUAUUCGACAGAAAUGCCGUCUAUUCAGUGACUUAAACUUCAACUCAGCAGAGCUACAAGAGGAACAGGAGCGGGAACUCGCACCGGAGAUCGAGCGAGAGCAGCAGGUUCAAAGGCCGCCGCCAGCAAAACCUAAAGAUCAUCAACUUCACGAGCACGUUCUCUCCUUUGUAUCUACCGGGGUGCUGGCGGCAUCCGCGGCCUUUCGACCCGCGUUCGAGAUUCUUAGGAAUACAUCCGCCGCCGACCAUCUGGAUCUUUCUGAAUUUCCUCCUGGACUCCUCGCUACCAGGGACUUCGCGGAAACUGUCUUGAGGUCCAAGGGGCGUUCAUGCAUGGAUGAUUACCAGCGCCCGGUCGAGUGGCUCCUGACCAGUCAUGAUCCGUCUUCCUCAAUUGUAAAACACAUGCUCAUUAUCAGCCCUCACGAGGCUAACAAACUGCUUUCAGAAGUUCAAAUGUCCGAAGUAGUUAUGAUGCACGUAUACGCGCCACGACAGAAUCGGAACCUUCUUUCUCUUGACGAACUGAAUCUAUACCCUGUUUCGAAAAAUGUGACAACGUUUCACAUACCCACAGUCCUCAGGAUACAGCUGAACCUGUUCGCAGGUCAACUUUAUAUAUCAUCUUAUGAUGAAUAUCGUCAAAUGUGUGACUUCCUUGGCGUUUUAUCCACAAAAACACCCAGUGGCUACGUCGUUGCUGCAGACGGCUUCGUCAUGGCAAUGGACAAGCCAUCAACGACGAGUUUCACUAAAAGUCCGCUCAAAUGUCUCAGGACACUUAUAUCUCAGAUGAGAAAAGAUGGCCAGGAAAUUGGCAAAACUCAUGUCGGAAAGAUCUUGGAUGGAAAGUUAUUAUACCCCAGCGAUUUUGAGGAAGGUGAUCAGACAUCAAUGACCAUGGCGUUGCGCUUCCGGCCGUUUUGA